UCUUCUUUGUCUCUCACGCUCCCUCCUUUCUCACUCUGAUGCAUUUAAAUGUUUCCUUUUUAUCUUGUCAUCUCCACACAAAUAUCUCCCUCCCACAUCUGAGCAGUUUUAAAUGGCAGAAAAUGUCUUUAAACAAGGCACAUUUUCCUCUGUUUGAAGGGAGAAGGAUUGCUUUUUUUUAAUUUAAGUCAAAGUUGAAACAGAGGGGGAAACUUCUCAGAGGAUAAACAGAGAGGAGAGCAAAAUGCAAACGCUCAGAAAGUCAUAGUUGAGUUUAUGAAGGUCAUGCAUGGUUAAUGUGUUUAGAUUCUUAAUUUCAGCCCUUUGCCAAACCCUGCUGACACAGGCCUACACCACUUAAUUUGGGAAUGAACAAGGGCAGAGGAACACACUCGUAUACACUCUGAAGCUUUGCUUUUGCACAUUUCUCCCACGUUUCUCUCUCUCUUUGGGAAACGAACAGAGCCACUUUGAGAGUCAGUGCUUGAAAUAAAACAUUUUCUAAGAGCAGCUGACUAGAGGACAGGAUGAGCAGAGGACAGACUGAGGUCCUGGGGCUGCUGAUGGCAGUGACAAGCCUGCUGCUGCUAAUCGCUGCUGCUGGAAAGGACUGUUGGAGGCAAGGAGCUAAAGACCAGCUGACCUCGGUGGGUCUGAGCUCCCGUUGUCGAGGCCUUUGGGGUGAGUGUGUUCAUGACAGUCUGGUCGGGGUGAGGACAUGUGAUGUAUCGGUGUCCUACAUGGAGUAUCUGCCAGCUGAUUUGUUGGCGAUGAGAGCAGGGUUGGUGGGGAUGUGUUUGCUGUCUGUGGUUUCCAUCUUAAUCAUGAUACCCAGCCUGAGGUGCACAACAUUAAUCCCCAGCACAUUGGAUCAAGGCAAGCUGAUGCAGAUCUCUGGCGCCCUCUGUGUGUGUGGAGGUGUGUGUGGUGCAGUGGGCCUGCUUUGGUACGGUGUGGACACUUACACCAGAUACAGACAGGAAGUGAAUCUGGAGAUGCCAGGAAUCACAUAUGAGUUUGGCCUCUCUUACUGGUUGAUGGUGGGAAGUGUGUUCUGCUCUCUGACCUCAGCUGUAUUGACAAUCAGGAGUGUGACUCAUAUGAGUGAUGCCAUAAGGAUGCAACCACGACUUUCUCAGAGUCAGUCGGCCCAAACCAACAAUGUCACGUCAAUCUCAAACUACAAGACUUACGUUUAAAGCUUUAUUGGAACUUUCUAGUUCUAUCCAAUUUACAAUAUUAGAUCUUCUGGUAUUUUUUGGUAUAAGAAAUCACUGAGACUGUUGGAGUCAAUGCUACUUUUCAAUAAAGCGUUGAUGUCUGCCUUCAUCUUCCUCUUCAGCACACAGUGCCAGUCAAAAGUUUGACGAUUCCAUGAUUCCAUAUGUGUUAUUUUAUAGUUUUGAUUUGAUUUGAUUUGAUAAAUGAUGAGGUUCACUAUGCAGCAUGUUAUGUAGUUGUAAUGAUGUUUACAGUUUAGCAGUUAAGCAGAUAAUUUCCAGUCUCACAUUCCUAAAUUACCACAUUGUCCAAGUCCCAAUCAAACGCAUGCGUAACAAAUCAUCCAUCAUUCGGAGUGCAGAAACUGGGGAAACCAAUUACUGUGUUUACUAUUAUGAUUUGGUCUCUGCUGCAAGCUUCAGUUCAUCAAGUUCAUUAUGUAAGUAGCUGCUGCUCUCUGCGCCAACAUAUUCAUGUACAGUAGAUAUGAAUUUAUAGAUGUGUGCGAAGCUGAAUGUCUCAUUUUAGAAAAGAUUAAUCACUGAUAAGAGGUACAUAAAUAUCUCUCCACAUAACUUGAGCUUAGCUGCAAAAUGCAAGAGACAGAUGCUGAUACAUCUGCUGUAUGUGGAU